UCGCGGCUCGUACUCUACACGCAUGGCAUGGCCGUACGUCGAGCAGCCAACAGGAGCAUUACUAGCAGAAGCAUUAAUUUCAUCGUCGGUCGAACAGUGAACCAUUACGUCAACUCGUGACAAUCAAUGCUCGAUAAUUUCAAAGCAUCAAUUGGUGGUUGAAGACGCGCUUUUCCCAAUCACGAUUCACGAGUGUCAAGGUCACAUGGAUCCUUGCAAGGGUAUACCAGGAUAACGGACUUGAUGUGGCUCAAUUUAGUAGCAACCAGUGCAGUAUUAUGAAAGGCCACAUGAGAUUAAGAUCUUGAGCUGUUAGUUUUCAUAGAAGAAAGUUCAGCUUUGAUGUGAGCAACACCUGGUUAAGAUGAUUGAAAACUUGAUCAAUGAAUGGCUGGCUGACUGUGCUGAGCUCUCAACAUCUGAGGUCAACACAUUUGCCUAUCAACUGUCGCAGGACGAUGAGAUUGUACAGGCUCUGUACUUACUUUUUGAGGAGCGUAGCAAAUACAGCCAGUUGGUGGAGACUGUGUGCAAUCAGCUAUUCAAUUUCUACAGAUCAAGAGAAAUACAACUACAACGCUUUAGUUUACAGUUCAUACCUACAUUAAUUUACAUUUAUUUAAAUGCUGCUGCUCAUGGUGACAUUAAAAACUGCCGUACAGUGGAAACCUUAUUAGUUGGUGUGUAUAAUUUAGAAUUGGUGGACAAAGAUGGAGAACCUAAAGCAGUAUCUUUUCGUUUACCUUCACUUGCAAUGAUGUCAAUAUACCAUGAGCCAUCUAGUUUAGCACCAGCAUCACUUACAGAAAAUGCUGUGCGAAGGUUUGAAGAGUGUAAUACAAAACUUGUCAGCUGGGGUCCUCUGAAGCAUAUUGAAACAUUAAAUGCACAGAACAGGCUAAAAGUAAUGACGGCUUUAUUAUUUGUGUUCAAUCAACAUUUAAGUUUUCUAAAGAAAUCAGCUCUUGAACAGCUGUGUAAAGUUGCUUCAAAACUUGUUACUCAAGGUUUCAUGAAACCUGGACAUCAUCAACGUAGUUCUUAUGGUAGCGAAUCAAGUUUUGUUCCUAGACUUUUGCCUCGCAUACCAGUAUCAAGUCAGUUUUUACUUGAAUUUCUUCAUGCUAUUUAUUUUUCUAUGUACAACAAUUGUUGGUAUGUUGCAAUUCAAGCUGUUGAAGACAUUCACAAUCGAGCCUGUUAUGAAACAUAUCCGGACGUUAUGCUCGCUACGAAUGCUAUACGCAAUGCCAGCAAUGCAGGUCCAACAGGACAACCGUCUGAAGGGUCUAUAGGUGUGCAUGUUCCAACGUCAAGUACAACAACAAUAUUAAAAUCAAUGAUCACGAACGCUUCGUUUCGAACGAAAAAGUUACCGGACGACCUGGACGAGUUAUUGUUUGAGAGCAGUGAAACAAAAAGCGACACAAACGUAACGACCUCAGCCACCACGCCAGCUCAACGAACACCAGUUAGCAGUGUGAGACGUCGCGCUUGGUUGUGGAAAAAUCCGAUGCACAACUCUUUCGACGACACCGAUAUUGCCAUCGCCGAUCGUCACCAAGUACCCGCGAUAGUCGUUCAGCCAUCUUCGUCGGACAACUCUAGACGUCCAAGCGUAGCGAGCAGUCAAAGUUCACCAAACCGAUCGUCGCCAAAACGAGGAAGAAACAAAAAGGACAACGCGGCCGGUAAAAUGAGAAGAGACUCGUUGAAGGACAAAUCAAGCGGCGAGAGCGCAGCGCAGAAAUUGUACAGAGUGUUGGAAGAGCAAGCACUUGGGGAAGCUGUUGGACGCUUGGGAGUGGGAAUCUCGAAGAGCAAGCAGCCAAUCAAUCUGUGUAAUCCGACAGAUGGAUCAUCGUCUAGUAGUGGAUUUCAACAUUAGCUUAUUUUCUUUUCCGAUCGUUUAUAUGUAGCAAAGAAGAUUAGUUUGUCAAGAGUAGUUGCAUUCGAGAGAUAAAAAUAGUGAGAUGAUAUUCCAAUCCAACAAGAGGACCAGCAACAGCAACAGCCAAACGAUAAGAGUAGUGUUAGCAAAAUUGAGAAAAGCGAGAAGAGCGCCAGUAAAGUCGAAAAAAAUGAAAAGGC